AUGCCUCCCGUUCCCCUUCAGCGAAGACCUUUGUCCCAUGAAGACCCGGCGCUUACUGACGAAGAUGUCGGCCUCCUCUACCAAGUCAUUACCCGUGCGGAGAGGGAUCCAGAAGUCGAGCGACUCCCGUACCGUGUGCUAUUCAAGGCCUACGACGAGGUUAUUGCCGAACAUGGCGUCGAUGCGGAUCCAGGCUAUGCCUGUAUGCGCUUCUUGCUCAAAAUGGGAAGCAAACAUGCCGUAGGAGAGUCGCUCUUCGACAAGUUCGAGAACCUGCUUGAACGGAUGGGCAUCGUCAUUGAAUUUGGCGGCGAGGAUGAUACCUAUGAUGAGACGUACCCGGACAGUGUACCCUCCAUCGAAAGCAGGCCUAGGCGGAGGAUACGCGACUCCCGAGAGGACUCAACGCAGCCGCAGCCGCAAAAUAAACCACAGACACCCCUACGAAGGCGAGCGUCCUUCAAUUCCAUGUACGAUGUUGGCGACGAUCCCACUCAAAGAAGCUUCAUCAAUCGUCCAAGCUCACGGUCGUCCAUGUCGCGAUUACAAGUCGGAAAGCCCGAGUAUCCGUUUGCGAAGCCGUCGCCGUCCCCGAAGCGUGCGGUGGUUCCUCGAGAAGCGGAGUCCCCCGACAGGACUCAAUUGAUGGCACAGUUUAUUGACGUGGGUCGCCGGCUCAUGAGCCGGAUGGACUUUCUGGCUGCGCAAUCCUCGUCGGCUCAGCCUACGGCGGCUGACGAGAAGCCUCUUCCCAAUGGACUGUAUGCUCGGUCUGCCGUCGACCGCGAUCGCUCAGAGAGAAUAGCGGAAGCCUCACGAGCUCGGCGCUCAAAAACGUCCUCAAAUGGCUCCGAUGAAGAGGGAGAACAAUCAUCUUCAGUGUCCUCCAGUGACGACAGCAUCAGUCAUCUCGAACGGCCAGAAUUGCCACCGGAAAUGCUAUAUAGGCCAUCACUUUCGGAUCUGCUGCGAGAUGCAUCGACCUUCAAUAUGUACCGCCAACGGGCCAUCAACCGUCGACUUCUUACACAGUGGGUUAAGAGGGCGAUACAAGUCAGACAAAGCCAUCAUAAUAUGGAAAUAGUCGCCGUGAAUCGAGACCGAAAUACCUUGCUUCGGCAAGCAUUCCAAACGUGGCAUACUAUCAUUCGCGACAGACGUCAGGAAGAGCGGACGGAGAGAUUCUUCAAGCAUCUGGAAGAGCGCGCGGGACGGGCUCGGGAUCUCUAUCUCCUCACCAAGGCGUUCUCUCACUGGGCGCAACUUACUGCAGAGGAACUUGCACGGACAUCUGCAGCUCGACGCCGCAUUCUUAGCGUCAAGUAUUUCCAUGCAUGGCGCGAGAUCACUGCAGUCAAUGAGAUGAAAGCCCAGCGCUUUGCUCUGCGAAAGCCUUUUGCUGCCUGGCUGAAAAGGACCAAGGAGGUCAAACAGGCGGAAGAGAAGGCGGUUGUCAUUAGUAGUGAGAAGUCGAAACACACAUUCUAUUGGCAGUGGUUCUGGAGUUUCUGCGAACAGCGCGCCCCUCAAUGGUACGACUAUUGCCUCAAGAGACGCUCUCUGUUGUACUGGUUGCGCAAGUUUCGAACCAACAGAGAGUGCAUUCAUGAGAUUGAUGUCCGGAAUAAGCAAAAUGCUGUGGGAUCCGUAAUGCAACUAUGGCAUGAAAGGACUCAGGGUGUCAUUGCGAGGGAGCAACAAGUAGCAUCGAUGGAGCGCCGGAAGGUUCUGGAGGAGAAGUUGAUAGAAUGGAGAGCUCAAGCUCACUUAGCCCCGGUUGCUAACCGUGUUACAAAAAUGAUUGACACACAUAUCCUUCAAGCGGCGUACUCACAGUGGGUACACCGCGCUCAAAUGCUGAAGCAAGCACGGGAGAUGGAUCGGCAACGGAUCAUACGCAAUGCGUGGACAACGUGGAACGACCAGCUUCGCUGUCAGGCUCUAUAUGCACGAAUUGAGGAACGAAUCAAGCUCGAAGCGAUGUACAAAUGGAUUUUAGCAGAGAGAUACCGUCUCAUGCAGCGCAUUAGGGAGCAGCGCAUCAAGCAGGAAGUCUUCUCAGUCUUUGUGACUAACGUCCGGAGGACCUAUGCCGAAUUGCUUGACCGUGCGGAGGUAUUCGAGGAGCAACGAAACGAAGAUUUGCUCCGAUCCAAGUUGGAACGCUGGCGGGAUCAGCUAUCGUUGCAACGCGAGAGGGAGAUAGUUGCCUCUGAGUUUUACGCACCACGCUUAGCGCAGGAAUCGCUUGUGGCCUGGCGUUCGAAGUAUCAGCAUGUGGUCAAGAUACAGGGAUGGGCUGACAACGCCAGGUACUACUUCUUGGCCACCAAGUUCACCAAAAAAUGGCGUGUCGCGACGGUUGAAUCUGCCAAGAAGCGUCGCCAACAAGCGUAUAUCCAGACUCGGAGGAAGAUCAAGAUCAAUCUGGCAUCGAAAGCUUUAUCACAUUGGCACUCCAGGUCCCUACAUAUGGCAAGUCUGGAACAGCAAGCUCUGCAGUUCUCACGACAACACUGCUUGACAAUGGCAUCCGAGCUUGUACCCCGGUGGCAAGAGAAAACCUUCAAUCGCCUCCAGGAUUGCGAUGCGGCCGAUGAUCACUAUGCGCGCCAGAUUGUGGGCGAACAAUUGACGCGCUGGGUCGAGGCCUUGCUUGUGUAUCAGCGCCAGGAGCAACAAGCAAACAACGUGAAUCGGGAGCAUGUCCUCGGCCAAGCCAAUAUCCAGCUGCGGAAGCUCAGCUUCCGUGUUUUCCAAGUCAAGAGCUUCUCCGAGACUGCAGACGCGAUGAAGGAGCGAAAUUUAAGGAAACACUGUCGAAGCAUGUUCCGCAGCUGGCUGGACAAAGCACGAGUGAAGUUCGAGUCGCGGGAUCUACCAGGGCCUCUUAUAAGUCCAACGAGAAACUAUGAUGGAGCGACAACCUUCGAAGCCGAGCCGAACCGACGCAUUUUCGAUCCCUGGUAUCAAACCACGACUCCCUUCAAAACCAACGACCUAGCUGUGACUGCGAACAGCCAAAUUCAACUGGCCUCGACUACGCCGCUGGCGACACCCAACUUCCUCACGUCGCCGUCGAAACGAGCCGCCAGGGCGCGGGCUAUGGCGCAGGUUUCCACUACUCCGGCGACUCCCUCAUACACUCCAUUUGCCAGUCGACUAUUGCGCGCCGGUGCUGUACUGCCUCGAACUGACUCGACUAGACGCCGUACUGGGCGAGCGAGUGCCCUGGGCACUAGCGUCCGGUUUGUGGAUGAGGAACCGGGGUCUCCUUCCGAUGGUAGAAGAUCCUCUGGCCGACGGACGUGA